CUCAUCAGGGGCUCUCUCUGAAGAGUGAGAAGAUCUUCAGAGCAUGUUCAUCUUCAUCAAACAUGGAGAUGAUCAGCAGUUUCUGGUCAACACCAAUUGCUCUGUCCUCCUGUUGUUGCAUUACAUCCGAAAUAAAAUGAAAUUGUCUAAAAAAGAUACCAUCGAUCUGUGUGAUGAAGAGGGGACAAUGAAGUUCUUCUUCCUGUUGAAGACCCCUGGAGACUAUGCCAGCAAAUUCCUUACAGUUCGAAACACCUACUAUGUUUGUAGGGUGGAGCGUGGGCCACCAGGAACCCGACUUGGGACUGCCUACAAAGCUUUUGUGCCCCUCCUGAAGAAUCCAGAACCUGAGCUAAUUGGGGCCUUGCGCACACAAUGUGAUGAGCUGGAGAGGAGCCGAAUAAAAAUGCUUAAAAGCCAAGAAGCCAAGAAAGUCGUUAUAAUUGAACCCUCUGCGAAAGUCCCAUCCAAAUCAUCAAGACGAUCAUAUGACCGGAAGCCCACUCGCAGGGGUCCGUUCUUUAAGACCAGAGCAGACUUUCUCCGUAGGAGGACUAAACGUCGCUAACCAAAUAAACAGACCAAGUGAGA